AUGAGCUGCCAACGCAACGCCGGCAAGAUCACGGUGCCGGACGACCUGCGCGACGUCCUGCUGGAGUUUACGAUCAGCUAUCUGCUGGAGCAGCCCGGCGACAUCAUCGACUACGCCGUGGACUUCUUCACGCGGCUACGUGACGCACGGCGUACGCAGCUGAUCCCCACGGAUGGUCAGAUCAGCCCGACCACGCCGGACGAGUAUGAUGAGGAGCCACCAGUCGGCCGGUUCGCUUCCAGGAGGAAGAGCGUUUUCGCGGAGACUUAUAAUCCCGAGGAAGAUGAGGAGGAUGACGGCUUCAAGAUGGUCCAUCCAAAGAGCGACGAGCAGCGACAAAGGCUUAGCGAGAGCGUCAAGAACAUACUUCUGUUUCGCGAUCUAGACAAGCAACAAAUGGCGGACGUAUUGGACGCAAUGUUCGAAAAACUCGUUCAACCGGAAGAAUUUAUUAUCCGACAGGGCGACGAUGGUGACAACUUUUAUGUGAUCGAGAGAGGCAAAUUCGAUGUAUACGUCAAAGAUCCCGCUACACUGGUGGAAAAUCACAUUCACACAUACGAUAAUCGCGGUGCUUUUGGAGAAUUGGCUCUUAUGUAUAACAUGCCCAGAGCAGCUACCGUUAAAGCUAUCACGUCUGGCACACUCUGGGCGAUGGAUAGGCAAACUUUCCGACGUAUUCUCCUCAAGUCCGCGUACAAGAAGCGCAAAAUGUACGAGGACCUCAUUAACAAAGUGCCGAUGUUGAAGUCUCUGGAGCCUUAUGAGCGGAUGAAUUUAGCGGACGCUCUUGUACCGAAGCACUAUUCCGAUGGCGAGCAAAUAAUCAGACAGGGCGAUACCGCGGACGGAAUGUACUUUGUCGAGGACGGCGUCGUCAGGAUCACUAGACUCGGCGAGCACGGCCGUGAAAUUGAGAUUAAUCGUGUUCCGGCUGGCGGUUAUUUAGGCGAGCUGGCACUCGUGACGCAUAAACCACGCGCCGCUUCGGCCUAUGCUGUUGGGGACAUCAAACUGGCAUUUUUGGACGUUGAAGCUUUUGAGCGUCUGCUCGGCCCGUGUAUGGAACUUAUGAAACGUAAUAUCGACGAUUACGAAGAACAACUAGUCAAAAUAUUUGGCAGCAAAACCAACAUCUCCGAUAUUCGAUGAACUGUCUCCGGGCAGAGUCACGUCACCAUGCUGCUGUAUCAAAGGACGCGACACUUUCGUACAGCAUAUAAUAUGUAACGAGCACAAAAAAAAA